AUGCUUCUCAAGCGCAAGCGAUCUGAAUCCGAGCUGGGAUCGGUAUUCUCAUCGACGCAACGCAUGGACAACGGCUGCUUCAACUUUGAUGUUAUGUCGGCAAUGAACACGGCCAGGCGCGGAUUCUUUGCGCCGCGAUACUCUACGCCCUCGCAUUUGCACAGCCGCACCAAGAAGCGCUUCCGCGACAGCCGGCCGUCGGAAGACGAGGUGUACCAACACACCUUGGAUGUUCUCUAUUCAGCCCAGCGCCGGCCACACGAACUCCAUCCCGCGCCAGCGCAGCCGCCCCAGACUGCAAACACCGGAAUACCCAGCCGACCUUACCGGCAGAGCCACCACGAUGGCAGCCAGCUCCAGCAGCGCUCACUACACAGCUUCUGGAACCUUCCUGGGGGUGGCCCGGCGACUUCCUCCACAGGCUCACCGGCAUCUUCUCCCGCCUCGUGUCUGUCACCUCUUCUCGCUUGCCCCCUGAGCAUACCGACACACUGUGAGGACUGUGGCGCGGGGCUGGGCGGCGACGGCGACGAUGAUACGAUGAUGGACAUUGACGGGUAUGGUGGCUCCGGGUUAGAGGACCAGCCCUGCUGUGUAGCUUGUGGGAAAGCAGUCUGUUUCAGCUGUUCUAUCAGUAACCUCGGGGAGCAUCGGCGGUGUCUGGCUUGUGCGGGGCCGAGGGGCGGAAUAGGUGGCACUGUGCGGGCAAGGAGAUUGUUUUGA